AUGUUGGAGGGUUCUGUCAUUGAGGCUAAUUUUGUUAGACUUCUGGACUGUGCAGAAAUCAUAUCUGCUUCUGAUAAGCUAACGUGUGACGAAUUUUUAUCCUACCGUAGAAAACUUCAGGAAUUGUAUAAUUCGCUAACAAAGGCGAGCUUACGUCCGGCGGCAGAAUACCUUCACAUUUACAAAAGUCGAGUCGAUCACUUGUCAGAAGCAAAGGAGAGAUGCUCACUAAUAGACUCUGCUGAAGAGAUUGAAAGCAUAAAUGUUUUUGAAAAGGAUAUGUGUAAAUGGUUGAACUUCGACACUCAAGCAAAACGCUUUAGUUUGCGAAGUCGAAAGGCUGUCUUCUUUACUCGUAGUGCUUCUGAUUUUUCUAAAUGGUUGGAUGAACCGGAUAACAAAACUUCUAAUAAACAGGGUUUUGGUAGAGAUGCGCCAGACUGUCAUGUUCAUCAGCGUGCGAAACCUAAGUCGGAAAACACACGUUUUCUUUUGGAUGUCCCGAACUCCCAUUGUAGACACAGGGACGUAGAUGAUGAAGCGGCUCGUAUGAAUCUAGAUCUUGAGGGUGAUGGCGAUAGUAAAAUUAAGGGACAGGAGCGCAGUUUGCUUGAUGUGGAGAUAUUGGAGCGUGACAAGAUUGCCAAGGGUAUGCUCUACCUCACCGAGGAAUUGCGAUCGACUCAGCUGGCUCUAGGCGAUCGUGUACGCGCCGAUAUCAACACAUUAAAUGUCUCCAGCACUGUAGCUCAAGUCAAUGUUGAAUCACUAGCUUCAAUUUCCCGGCGAGUUCGCGAAGAACUGGGACACAAGUUUGGACUCUGUAUUUGGAUCCUUUUCCUCCUCUCUGUGAUCGUCUUUUUUUGGAUGGUCCUCUUCAUCAGAUUCACUCCAAAGGGCAGGGCAUUAUCUUAG